AUGACAUUAGAAAUUAGACGUCCUUCAACAGAAAAGGCUACACAUAUGAAAAAGAACUGUGGGAUAAAUCAAUCGCCGCCGCCGCCACAACCAAGUACGAUUGUUGGAUAUUAUCCGGCUUAUAAAUAUGAUUUGAAAGCAGAUGAUUUUAAUAUUAGUUCGUCAAUUACUCAUUUAAACUAUAUUGCAUUUGGCCCAAAUGAUCUUAUUAAUGACACCAGGCCAAAUACUGUGUUUCAGAAUCAAAUAAAAAAAUUUAAAGAAUUGCAAAAUUAUAAAGAUAAAAAUAGUAAUCUGAAUUAUAAAUUAAUUCUUUCAGUAUUGUUACCUGUUAAUGAUGAAUUAAUGAAGCUCCCACCGUUUUAUAAUGUUUCAACCGGGCAGUAUGAUCAAACUAAUCAGGAUAUUCGCAAUUUCAUAGAAGAUUUAACUAGUGUUGUUAGAGAUUACUUUGAUGGGAUUGACAUUGAUUAUCCUAAUAAAGCUUCAUGCUUGCAAGCAAAACAAUUCAAUUCCAGUUCUCUAAAACAAGUUUUCGAACCAUUCAUAAGUGAUAUAUCAAGCCAAUUAAAACAGAAAAAUAGCAGUAAAAUUUUGACGAUUACUGGAGGCAUUAAUUCCAUACAUGUUGACCCUAGCGUCAUUAGUUUUGUAAAUCUUCAGGCAUAUCGACUUAACAUUUACUAUAAUGCACACUCUAGUGCUGGAAUAGAUGUACUUCAGAAUAUUAUUGAUUCCUGGAAUUUUGGUAACAGAUCACAAUGCGUUUUGGGAAUUGAAUUUGGCGGCAUUAUUGAAGCUAUUACUGUUAAUAAUCCUAAUAUGGAUAUCGCUAAUCAAAACUUUGAAGUGGUACAUUCUCAAAAUAUUACGUUCCCAUCUAUAGCCAUUGACGAAAACAUUACAGAUCCAUGUGGAACUACGUCAUUUGCACAUUUGACAUGGAAAAAUUUCUUAGCACCGCUUUGUUAUACAAAUAAUAGUAAAAAUUGGAACUAUAACUUUGAUAAUAAAUCCAAACAACCAUAUAUUUAUCAACUGCGUCAGAAUCCGCCAGUGAAUCAGAUGGGGAGUAAGGCAGAGAAUUUUCCGGGGUCCCCACCAACUUACUAUUAUAUCUCUUAUGAGGACUACCAGUCUUUAUAUGUCAAACUCAACUUUGUACAAAAUUAUAACAUAGGAGGUGUUGCAAUUGCUGAUAUCACAAAAGAUUCACAAUUUAUAAACUACAUUUCGGGAAAUAAAUCAAAUGAUCAAGGCAAUUUUGCACCUCUGUCCAAUAUAAAUGCAAAGAUAGGUGCAAUAGUGGGUGGUGUAAUAAGUUCUCUUGUUUUUAUCGGCGGAUUAGCGGCUGCUGGCUUUAUACUAUAUCGAAGAAGACACAAAACAAAAAAUAUUGAAACAACUGUUGUAACAUCUGUUGUGGCAAUGUUUGAUUAUGUGGGAAAAGAAGAAAAUGAUUUGAGCUUUAAAGCAGGUGAUGUUAUUGAAGUACUUGAGAAAGGAGAUGGGCCUAAUGAUUGGUGGGUGGGUAGAUUGCAUGGUGUUAUAGGUGAAUUUCCUGGUGAGUAG